AUGUCUCAACCACAAGUUCCCGGUGUGAUUUCCCAGGAGGAGAAGAAGCAGUCAUACACCGAGUGGGGGAAGGAUCAGUACAACAAGCAAUACGAGAAGUGGGUGCCAUGGCUGGAGGAUCUGUACCUGAGAUACUUCACAAAGGACAACAAAGCGAGCUACACCACCAAGGACACGCUCGACAAGAGCAAGGUCACCGGCAUUGAGCAGGUCGACACCCUGCAAGACGGCGUGCACAACCUCGUGGCUGGCCAGGUCGGUCAAGGCGGGCUGGCCCAGCCCAUCGGCGACCACUUCUCUAAGGAGGGCCUCAACCGCGCCGAGCGCCAGGGCAAGGACGACAGCGGUAGCUAUACCCCCGGCCCCGCGGGCUCGGUCGUCAACCCCGUCGUCGAGGGAGGUCAACAGGUCGGGACCCAGGCGGUCGAGGGUGGCAAGGCGCUCGGUCGGGGCGUGGGCGGGCUAUUUGGUGGUGGUGGCAAGCAGAGGACGAACCCCGUCGAAAGGAAGUAG